AUGAGGCGGAAGGAGAAGCGGCUUCUGCAGGCGGUGGCGCUGGUGCUGGCGGCCCUGGUCCUUCUGCCCAACGUGGGGCUCUGGGCGCUGUACCGCGAGCGGCAGCCCGACGGCACCCCCGGGGGAUCGGGGGCGGCGGUGGUCCCGGCGGCCGGACUGGGCUCCCACAAUCAGCAGAAGAAGAUAUUUUUCGUGGAAGAUGGGCAAAAGCUGAAGGAUUGGCAUGACAAAGAAGCCAUCAGGAGAGAUGCCCAGCGCGUAGGAAAUGGAGAACAAGGGAGACCUUACCCCAUGACCGACGCUGAGAGAGUGGAUCAGGCGUACCGAGAAAAUGGAUUUAACAUUUACGUCAGUGAUAAAAUCUCCCUGAAUCGCUCUGUCCCUGAUAUUCGGCACCCAAACUGCAAUGGCAAACGCUACCUGGAGACACUCCCCAACACCAGCAUCAUCAUCCCCUUCCACAACGAGGGCUGGUCCUCCCUCCUGCGCACCGUCCACAGCGUGCUGAACCGCUCGCCCCCGGAGCUGAUCGCCGAGAUUGUGCUGGUUGAUGACUUCAGCGAUCGAGAGCACCUGAAGAAGCCACUCGAAGACUACAUGGCCCUUUUCCCCAGUGUGAGGAUUCUUCGAACCAAGAAACGGGAGGGGCUGAUCAGGACCCGGAUGCUGGGGGCCUCAGCAGCAACUGGGGAUGUCAUCACAUUCUUAGACUCGCACUGUGAAGCCAAUGUCAACUGGCUCCCCCCUUUGCUCGACCGCAUUGCUCGGAACCGCAAGACCAUUGUGUGCCCGAUGAUUGAUGUGAUUGACCACGAUGACUUUCGGUAUGAAACACAGGCGGGGGAUGCCAUGCGGGGCGCCUUUGACUGGGAGAUGUACUAUAAGCGGAUCCCGAUUCCUCCAGAACUGCAGAAAGCUGACCCCAGUGACCCAUUUGAGUCUCCCGUGAUGGCCGGUGGACUGUUUGCUGUGGAUCGGAAAUGGUUCUGGGAGCUGGGCGGGUAUGACCCAGGCCUGGAGAUCUGGGGAGGGGAGCAGUAUGAAAUAUCAUUCAAGGUCUGGAUGUGUGGGGGCCGCAUGGAGGACAUCCCCUGCUCCAGGGUGGGCCAUAUCUACAGGAAGUAUGUACCCUACAAGGUUCCCGCCGGAGUCAGCCUGGCCCGGAACCUGAAGCGAGUGGCGGAAGUGUGGAUGGACGAGUAUGCCGAGCACAUUUACCAGCGCCGGCCCGAGUACCGCCACCUCUCUGCUGGGGACGUCGCCGCCCAGAAGAAGCUGCGCAGCUCCCUUAACUGCAAGAGUUUCAAGUGGUUUAUGACCAAGAUUGCCUGGGACCUGCCCAAAUUCUACCCGCCCGUGGAGCCCCCCGCCGCAGCUUGGGGGGAGAUCCACAAUGUGGGCACAGGGCUGUGUGCCGACACGAAACAUGGGGCCCUGGGCUCCCCGCUGAGGCUGGAGAGCUGCGUCCGGGGCCGCGGGGAGGCUGCCUGGAACAACAUGCAGGUGUUCACCUUCACCUGGAGAGAGGACAUCCGGCCCGGAGACCCCCAGCACACCAAGAAGUUCUGCUUUGACGCCAUCUCCCACACCAGCCCAGUCACCCUCUAUGACUGCCACAGCAUGAAGGGCAACCAGCUGUGGAAGUACCGCCAAGACAAGACCCUGUACCACCCGGUCAGCGGCAGUUGCAUGGACUGCAGUGAGAGUGACCACCGGAUCUUCAUGAACACCUGUAACCCCUCUUCUCUCACCCAGCAGUGGCUGUUCGAACACACCAACUCGACAGUCUUGGAAAAAUUCAACCGGAACUGA